ACCGCGGUAGUUUGUUUGCGUACGCGGUCAACUGUAGUCGACGUCUCUCGACGAGGAUAUGCCGUUUCUGGUGAUCACAAACCAUUACAAGUAUUGUUUACAUGAUUAUUUCGGUCAUCAUCGUAGGUAUUACAAAGUUCGGUGAAUCACGUUUACGCGGUCGUUUCUUAUCGUGAUUUCAUAAGCCGCCCCUUCGUCGAAUUCGGACGUUUUCUUAGUCGUUCGUCGGAGUACGCGUAAUUUAUAACAUAAUAUUAUAUCGAUUUCGAGUUCGCGCGUGGUUUAUUUGUUUUUUAUCUGGCCCGUCGGAGAAUUUUCAUUUCGCUGUCAAACAAACAAACAAACGCGUCUGUGGUCUCCAGGACGUUUCCCACAAGUUAGCGGUGUUGUUUUCGAGACCCGUUAGUUUUUAUUAUUUUAAUCGUUAUCACUGCCGUUUUACGAAUUUUUAUUAAAUUAAAUUUUAACCAAUCGAUCCUGAGUACCGCAUCGGUGUUCACACAUAUACGCAAACUAUGUUGAUAUACCCGACGGCGGGCAGCGGGGCGAUAAGUAGCCGUAUGAACGCGUCGGGCCAAAAGGGCGGCCGGGCCGCAGCAAAGGGUGCAGUGCAACGCAAAGCGGAGGCCAACAAGUCCAAGAGCAGUAAUAAACAGACGGUGUUGUGGAAGCACGCGGACGUCGAACAGGGUGUGGUCGUGGUCGACGAGAAGCAGCUAAUGAGGCUGGUCAAGACGGAACCCAUCGAGAACUAUUACCGACUAGACAGCGAACCAUUCGCCAAAGGUCAAUUUGCAUCAGUCAGACGGUGUACUUCCAUCGAAACAGGUGAAGUAUUUGCGGCUAAGUUUUCAAACCGCACAAGAUUCGGCGAAGAUUGCAGUCCCGACAUCCAUCACGAAAUAGCUUUGCUAUCGCUGUGUUCACCAUCGCCGCGGAUUACCAAACUGCAUGAUGUCUUUCAAACGGCCAAACAGUUGAUCAUUGUCAUGGAAUACGCUCCGGGAGGUGAUCUGCAGAAAGUCAUCGAUGACGACAACGUACCAUUUGAAGCUGACGUAGUCAAGUUCAUACACCACGUGGUCGAAGGCUUGGCUUACAUGCACCAGCGGAAAAUCGCUCAUUUGGACAUCAAACCUCAAAAUUUGGUGUUGAUGGGUGCAUUUCCCACUUGCGACGUCAAGCUUUGUGAUUUCGAAAUAUCCCGAGUGAUUUUAGAGGGUACGGAAAUCAGAGAAAUCCUUGGCACACCCGACUACGUCGCUCCAGAGAUACUUCAUUACGAACCAAUCACGUUGGCCGCAGACAUGUGGUCACUUGGCGUGACUACUUACGCACUAUUGACGGGAUUUAGUCCGUUCGGCGGCGAUACGGACCAAGAGACAUUUUGCAACAUAUCGAAUGCUGACAUCGAUUUUCCGGAUGAGCUUUUCGAAGAUGUAUCAAAUGAGGCGGUUGACUUCAUACAAAAACUGUUGGUCAAAGAUCCUAAGGAGAGGCUGACAGCCAAAGAGUGUUUGAAACACCCGUGGCUAGCAAACCUUCGCAAGUCAUCGUCCGGCAGCAGCCAUUCUAUGCACCACCACCAGCAACAUCAACCAACUUACCAACAACAGCAACACCAACAGCUAUUGGUUACAAAACGUACUGGAUGCAACACGUGUGCGGGCGUUACGCCAUCGAACGGUGUUAGACGUAGCGGUGGAAGUUUGCAGCCUUCGUACCUAUCCAAGUCUCGAGAAGCGCUUUUUGAGCGGAUCGUGUCCAAGCACAUACGGGAAAAUGACAUGAAGAGGUCAUCCCUGUUGCACGAGUCGCAGUACGCAUCCAGCCGAAUGUGCGAGAGCCACACGUCUUUGGUGUCUCGGUCCCGACAUGGCACCCGGACAUUCAGUAAGUCUAAGGAGAAGCUGUACGGACUCAAGAGUCUGUCCCGGUCCCAAGACGUACUGGACAUGUGUAAGAGCAUCAAAGAUCUGAACGAAGUGGAUAAAAUUGCCACUGUCGGUAACCUACUGAUGAGUCUCACUGGCGUGUCAACGCUGCCAAACUCGUUGUGCUCGUCUACCGCUAACAUAUCUGUAUCUCAGAGCCAUAUACCCGAGGGCUUAACAUCAAUAGAUGAUAAGGAUAACAGCACAACGAAAAACGGCGAUCGCGAUACCAACACGACUAACACUGCUUACACAAACACCACCAUCUCUGUCGACAUUACCGACACUGAAUCCAUUAAAAAUACCACUACCACAACCGCAACCACCACGACCGCGGUAACCUCAUCGCCGGACCACGCACCGCGAUCUGAGUCUCCUGCUGGCAGUAGUACCAGUGGCACCAGCAGCGUAGAACACUUUUACCAUUCCGACGAAGAGCCCAGGUUUUCGGUAGCCCAACUGGUCAAGGCGUUCGACACGCACCAGGAAGUGGUAACUAAACGGUCGCUGGAGGUGACCAUGAACCCGGAUGCCAAACUCAGGAUCGCCCCCACGACGGCGGCGGCGGUUGACCAACUUACCGCUGCCGAGUUUCCGACCGGACCGAAUGCCCUACGACUAUUCAUACCCAACAUCGACAUAUGCGGUGGUGAAUCCGCGGCCUCCAAGAGGACUCGUGCCGCGGGUUGUGUGAGUGGAGUAAGUGCCCCCCGAGACGGCUGUGAGAGUAUCCGGAGCCCCAAUUCGGACAACCGACACAAACGUUCAAACGUGAACGACUGCACAUGAUACCAAUCCAGCCGAUGGUAACCACUACGAUCUUCCCCAUAUUUAUUUCAUUAUUAUACAUACUAUGAUAUUUUAUAUUAAUUGCUAGAUUAUUAUUUUAUUUUUCUUAAAU